GGACACUAACGACUAGGCGGAAGUAACUUUAAAACAACUUUCCGGACGAUUGAACUUCACGCUUUACAUCACAUCAUAAUAAUUAUUAUGUGAUUAUAAUAAUUAUGAUGUGAUUAUUAUACACAUACAUGAGUAUUUUGAAACAGGAGCGAUAACUGAUUUAAUCAAGUGAAAUUUUUAAAGCAAAAAUGGUAAAUCAAGACUAGUUUCCAGAAUUGUAGUGAAUGCGGGAACAACAUAAUGCAAAAGAAUAGAACUUAUAGGCUAUUGAGUCUUCAAAAGCUUGGAGCAUUUAUUUUGUGGUUGCAGUUAACUUGCAUACACAGUGGUACUUUGUCAGAUUACCUACUGCAUGAGUUCAUGCCAGACUCCGGAGUUAAUCUGUAUCAUAUUGCAAUCCAUGAUACAUCUGGUGAUAUCUACGUAGGCGGUUACAAUGAAUUGUUCAAACUGUCUAAAGACUUUGCAUUAUUCCAUAACUAUUCGACUUGUGACAUAGAGGGUUGCAUUAACAUCAACAAGGUUCUUGUUAUUGAUUAUGAUAAUGAUCGAUUGAUAACAUGUGGAGGAGGCAACAGUGGAAAAUGUGAAAGUCGUAAUUUGAAUGAUACAAAGCUAAUUGAGUCAUCUACAAGCCAAGUAGUUGGUUUUGAUUAUUUAUCUGCUGUUGGGUUCAUAGCACCAUCCUCUAGUGGGAGUGAUACUUUGUAUAUUGCUUCAAGUGAUGAUGGUGACGGUGACCUAUCAUUCCGUUUUGUGUCACGAAGCAGGUUAAAUGAUCUUGGUAUUGGAACAGAUGAUUCUAUACAAUUAAAACCAGGUUAUGAUAUCCAAUACACAACUGGAUUCUCACAUAAUAGCUUUAGUUACUUUGUAUCAAAUAGAGCAGACCCACCUUCAACCGUUACUACAUCAAGACUCAGUCGCAUUUGUCAAAGAUGGACGGGUAUGUCCACAUUUUCUGAAAUUCAUCUUUCAUGUAAUGGAUAUGAAUACGUUCAAGAUAUGUUUGUUGGUCCUGUAGGACAUGAUUUCGCUGAUUCUCUAGGUCUCCAGCCAGAAGCUGUUGUUCUUUAUGGAGUCUUCUUAAAUAGUCCUUCUAUUGCUGAUUCUGCUCUAUGUAUUUUUAAAUGGAGUGAUAUUGAUCUUGCAUUUUCUAGAGCAUUAGAGGGAUGUCUUUCAAUGCCAGUUUCGAACAAUAAACUGGAAUAUGUAGACAGUAUCUGUCUAUAUAGCCUGAGUGGUCUUACAGCAACUCAGAUAGAAAGGUUUAUGUGUGAAAUUACUGAUGUAAACUAUAAAUAUUUUCAAGGCCUCAAAACAGAGGCUGCCUCAUCUCAGCCUGUCUUAGAGCUCUCCAACCACAACCUAACAGCCAUUACUGCAGUAGUGGAGCAGAACCAUACAAUAGCAUUCCUUGGAACUGAUGGGGGAAAGUUAAUCAAGGCACAUAUUAUUAGCAAAGAGACAUCUCGUGUGUAUGAAAACUUUACAGUGGACAGCAAUAGUGUGCGGUCAGAUUUGUUGGUCAGUGAUGAUCAUAGAUAUCUUACAAUCCUCACAGAAAAUAAGGUCUUGCAAUUACGUGUUGAGAACUGUACUCAGUACACGACUUGUGAUAAAUGCAUUGGGUCAACUGCUGAGGAUGGUGACCCCUACUGUGGCUGGUGCACGUUAGAAAAAAAGUGUAGUCGUCAACCAGAUUGUGCAAGCACUUGGCUUCCAUACAAUAAUGCAGCCUGUGCAUCAAUACAGUCAGUUGAACCACCAUCACUUUUGUAUAACCAAGGUGAACAAAUGCUUACUUUGAACAUUCAAGAACUUCCUCCUGUUUCUGCAAACUCAUAUUAUGAAUGUAAUUUUAACAAUGGUGCUUACAACUCAACUCUUGGAGCAAGCAACAAUUGUACAUCACCCCCUGUUGACCAUAUACCAAACAUACCAGAAGGAAAUGAUCAUGUUGAUAUUGAACUGGCUAUAUUCUCUUCAGAAACAAGAAUGAAAUUUUUAACAACCAGCUUCGCAUAUUAUAAUUGCGAUGCAAUAAAGUCGUGUUCUGAAUGUGUCAACAGUUCAUGGGCAGCAUGCAGGUGGUGUAUUGGAGAUAAUGUAUGCAAAUCGGGGCAGUGUAUGCAAAACGAUGUUCUUGUAGAACACCAGAACCAAACAUACUGCCCACAGAUAAUCAGAGGCACAAAAUUAGUUCCUGUUAACUUCGAAAAGGACAUUGUUAUUGAAACACUUAAUCUUCCAAAAGGAAAGAAUUACAAAUGCAAUGUAGAAAUAGAAGAAAACAUGAUGGAAAUUUCAGCAACUCUAGUAGAAGACUUUGUUUCUUGUGAUUCAACAGUGUACAAUUACAAUAAGAACGUCGAAGAAUUAAGCGUUGCCAUGAGAAUAUCGUGGGACGGUAACACCAUUGAUAAUGAAUAUACUUUGGAUCUGUAUAAAUGUGCAGUAAAUCGUCCUGAUUGUAGUCGCUGCUUGUCGGAAUAUGUCACAGAAGUGGAUCUAGAGUGUGUGUGGUGCGAGGAUUCUACCUGUAAAUACAACGGUAGUUGUACUGAACCGAGUCAUGUUUGUGGAGCGCCUGAAGUGACUGAGGUAACACCAACAACUCUUGCAACAUCACCUUCCACCCUCCAAGUCAUCACUGUCACAGGAAAUGACCUUGGUCGUGAUGAAGACAACAUUUUGAGUAUCACUGUAAACAACCAAGUCUGUGACAUCAUCAAGGGCUCAUUCAACGUCUCUAACCAAAGGUAA